AUGAGAGCCGUUUUGGACCCGGAAAGCUUGUACCUUUCUUCAUGGACCGUCAAUGGAGACCCAUGUGACAGGUCGUUUGAAGGUAUCGGGUGCAACGAAGCCGGUCAAGUUGCUAAUAUUUCGUUGCAAGGAAAGGGGCUCUCUGGGAAGCUCUCUCCCGCCAUUGCAGGGCUCAAGCAUUUGACUGGUCUUUACAUGCAUUAUAACUCUCUGUACGGGGAGAUACCCAGAGAAAUUGCCAACUUGACUGAGCUCAGUGACUUGUAUUUGAAUGUAAAUAAUCUCUCUGGAGAAAUUCCUCCUGAGAUCGGAAGCAUGGGCAGCUUACAAGUUUUGCAGCUUUGCUACAACCAGCUCACUGGAAGCAUACCCACGCAGCUGGGGUCUUUGAAAAACCUUACAGUUCUUGCUCUGCAAUCUAAUCGCUUAACUGGCGCAAUACCGGCAAGUUUAGGAGACUUAGAAAUGUUAAUGAGACUGGAUUUGAGUGUCAAUCAUCUUUUCGGUUCUAUUCCCACCAAACUAGCUGAUGCGCCCGUGCUUGAAGUUCUAGACGUUCGGAAUAAUACUCUUUCCGGCAAUGUACCUCUUGCUUUGAAGAGGCUUAAUGAAGGAUUCUCUUAUGAAAACAAUCUGGGAUUAUGUGGGUCUGGAUUUAUGUCCUUAACAGCCUGCAGUGCUUCUGGUCAUCUCAACGCAAGUAGACCCGAACCCUUUGGAGCUGCUGCACCAACAAGAGACAUUCCCGAGACUGCAAAUGUGCCUUUGCCCUGCAAUCAAACUCAUUGCUCAAAUUUGUCAAAAUCCCAUCAAGCAUCUGUUGCUGUUGUUGUUGGUGUCCUUGUAGUAACUAUUGCAUUAUCAGCUAUAGGAGUUCUAUUCUUCAUCCAACACCGUCGCCGGAAACAGAAGCUUGGGAGCUCAUUUGAUAUUUGUGAUGGCCGUCUAAGUACUGAUGAGGCCAAGGGCAAGGGAGUUUACAGGAAAAAUGGAUCUCCUCUCAUCAGCCUUGAGUAUUCAAACGGGUGGGACCCUUUAGCUGAUGGGCGGAAUUUAAGUUUGUUUGCUCAAGAAGUGUUCCAUAGCUUUAGGUUCAACUUAGAAGAGGUGGAGACAGCUACUCAGUACUUCUCCGAGAUGAAUUUAUUGGAUAAGAGUAACUUCUCUGCAACUUAUAAAGGAAUAUUACGAGAUGGGUCUGUUGUGGCCAUUAAGAGCAUUGGUAAAUCAUGCUGCAAGACAGAGGAAGCUGAGUUCUUGAAGGGAUUGAACAUGCUAACCUCAUUGAGGCAUGAGAAUUUAGUGAGAUUGAGAGGAUUUUGUUGUUCAAAAGGCCGGGGAGAAUGCUUUCUCAUUUAUGAUUUUGUUCCAAAUGGAAACUUGCUGCGGUAUCUUGAUGUCAAGGACGGUGACAGCCAUGUUCUUGAAUGGACAACUAGAGUUUCUAUUGUGAAGGGCAUUGCUAAAGGUCUAUCUUAUUUGCACGGCUACAAGCCAAACAAACCUGCUCUUGUUCACCAAAACAUCUCAGCUGAAAAGGUGCUGAUUGACCAGAGAUACAACCCCUUGCUCUCAGAUUCUGGCCUGCACAAGCUUCUUACCAAUGACGUUGUCUUCUCAGCACUCAAGGCCAGUGCAGCCAUGGGCUACCUAGCGCCUGAAUACACCACUACAGGAAGGUUCACAGAGAAAAGUGACGUCUAUGCAUUCGGGGUGCUUGUUUUCCAAGUCCUAUCAGGGAAGCGGAAAGUCACUAGCUCAAUGUGUCUUGGUGCGGAGUCAGUCACAUUCCAAGACUUUAUUGACCAAAACCUCAACGGCAGGUUCUUCGAAUACGAAGCAUCCAAGCUUGCAAAGACUGCUUUGCUUUGCACCCGUGAGUCUCCAAUUGAGAGACCAUCCAUGGAAGAAGUUGUUCAGGAGUUAAGUGAUUGUAAUAGUUGUGUCUGA